GCCAUUGACGAGUAGCAUCUAUUAAUGUCCAUAGCCAUUCAAAUCAGGAAGCCUUUUUAUGGCUUAACCAAGGAUGCAAGAGGCAUCCCACGAGAGAGUAAAAGAUUCAGGCCAUACAAAAUCCAGAAAGUUCACUCCCAAAGAUUGUUUGAGAAAGUAAAGCCCUUUGUUGUUAUAGGCUGUAAGAAUGGUGUGGUGAAAACAGCAUCUCUGUUUUCCCACAAGAACACGAGACACCUCCAGUCCCAGACCCACUAAUCUGACACCCGGCAGGCACUACUAGAACCGGGCUUUUCCAGCACUAACAAAACAACAGAGGUUGAGAUGACAAAAGCCCCUUAUGGACUGGGACCCCUCAUAACAGACUCCCCUGAGAGCUGGCACAGUCAGAUGAAAAGAGUGCUGCUUGUGACUCAGAACCCUGUCUAUUUGACUGGUCACCAAGAUGCAUACUGGAACAUGCAUCUUCUGGCUGGCAGAGACAAGGGAGCAUGUUCUCAACCUCUCAAGACAUAGAACAAGACAAAAGGAAAACCUCAUCUAGCUUUUUGUAUAUGUAUAUUAACAGCUUUAGCUAAGCCUUGGGUCUCUUGGAGCCAAACUAAUACUUAAGAGGGGUGUGCCACUGGGUUGGGGAUCAUGUGAUUUACAGAGUACCUGGCAUGGAAUUUUUUUUGAGGUUGGCGAGUGACCUAGUGUAAAUCUAACCUGUUCUGUGACCAACUUAUCCUAACACAGGAGACUUUGGAUUAGGUGGCCAGUGCUGUAACAGUUCUUAAAUACUUGACCCAUGCCCUCCAAUUUUGUGGCUUUGGCUUCCAGGAUGUUUCUUAGCAACAGCGUUUACCUCAUGUGUUCAUUAACCCACAGCAAAGUUUGUCUAAACAGACACCGGUCUGGUGAGAACCAUGAACUCACCAAUCAGUGAGGCCGGCUCAAACAGCAGGCUUCUAGGGCCUAUGCCUGCGUUCUACCCCAUGGCCUUCCUUCUUAUGACAACACAACAGAGACAAAAACAGUGACCCUCUCUGGGAGGAAAAAGACCAAUAAAAAUCAGGAGUGCUCAGAUCUUUACCAGAGUUGCUGGACCCAAGGAACUAGUUCCACAAAUAUUUUUUCCUACUGAUCUAAAUUUAGAAAAGGAAAGAAAGGACUCUCACUACUCUCAUUUCCACUGGGCCCUGCAGGCAGAGAUUAAGAAGACUGACAUGGAAGGGUGGACAAGUCCUAUUUUCAGGAGAAGAUGACUUUUAACAGUUUUGAAGCAUCUAAACCUUGUGUACCUGCAGAUCUCAGUAAGGAUGAAGACUUUGUAGAAGAGUUUAAUAGAUUAAAGACUUUCGCUAAUUUUCCAAGUAAUAGUCCUGUCUCGGCAUCAACGCUGGCACGAGCGGGUUUUCUAUAUACCGGCGAAGGAGACACUGUGCGCUGCUUCAGCUGCCACGCAGCAGUAGAUAGAUGGCAAUAUGGAGACUCAGCAGUUGGACGACACAGGAAAGUAUCCCCAAAUUGCAGAUUUAUCAAUGGCUUUUAUUUUGAAAAUCAUGCUGCGCAACCUACAAACCCUGGUAUCCAAAAUGGUCAGUAUAAAGCUGAAAGCUAUCUGGGAAACAGAAAUCAUUUUGUUGUAGACAGGCCAUCUGAGACUCACGCAGACUAUCUUUUGAGAACUGGACAGGUCGUAGAUAUAUCAGACACCAUAUACCCGAGGAACCCCGCCAUGUAUAGUGAAGAAGCUAGAUUAAAGUCAUUUCAGAACUGGCCAGACUAUGCCCACCUGACCCCAAGAGAGUUAGCUAGCGCUGGACUCUACUACACAGGUAUUGAGGAUCAAGUGCAGUGCUUUUGUUGUGGCGGAAAACUGAAAAAUUGGGAACCUUGCGAUCGUGCAUGGUCAGAACACAGGCGGCACUUUCCUAAUUGCUUCUUUGUUUUGGGCCGGAAUGUGAAUGUUCGAAGUGAAUCUGAUGUUGUGAGUUCUGAUAGGAAUUUCCCAAACUCGACAAAUGCUCCAAGAAAUCCAGCCAUGGCAGAUUAUGAAGCACGGAUCGUUACUUUUGGGACGUGGAUGUACUCCGUUAACAAGGAGCAGCUUGCAAGAGCUGGAUUUUAUGCUUUAGGGGAAGGUGAUAAAGUAAAAUGCUUUCACUGCGGAGGAGGGCUAACUGAUUGGAAGCCCAGUGAAGACCCUUGGGAACAACAUGCUAAGUGGUAUCCAGGGUGUAAAUAUCUGUUAGAAGAGAAGGGACAAGACUAUGUAACCAAUAUUCAUUUAACCCAUUCACUUGAGGACUCUAUGGUAAGAACUGCUGAAAAAAUGCCAUCAUUAACCAAAAGAAUUGAUGAUGCCAUCUUCCAAGAUCCUAUGGUACAACAAGCUAUACGAAUGGGAUUCAAUUUCAGAGACAUUAAGAAAGUAAUGGAAGAAAAAAUUCAGACAUCUGGGAGCAACUAUAAAUCACUUGAGAUUCUGGUUACAGACCUAGUGAGUGCUCAGAAAGACAAUACACAGGAUGAACCAAGCCAGACCUCAUUGCAGAAAGAGAUUAGUGCCGAAGAGCAGCUAAGGCUCCUGCAAGAGGAGAAGCUUUGCAAAAUCUGUAUGGAUAGAAAUAUUGCUGUGGUUUUUAUUCCUUGUGGACAUCUGGUCACUUGUAAACAAUGUGCUGAAGCAGUUGACAAAUGUCCCAUGUGCUACACAAUCAUUACUUUCAAGCAAAAAAUUUUUAUGUCUUAAUCUAACUCUACAGUUAGGCGCAUUAUGUUCUUCUCAUUACCCUGAUUGAGUGUGUGAUGUGAACCGACUUUAAGUAAUCAGCAUUGAAUGCCAUUAACAUUUGCUACCAAGUAGACAAAAUGUAAAGUACGCUGCUCUAGUUUGUAAUCUAAAAUAUGAAUUUCUGGAUUGGAUUUGGGGGAGAUAUUAGCUAUGUUAUAUAUCUUAUUUUUUUUACUGUUAUUUAAUUGAAAGCUAGGCUAAGCAUCAUAUUGUAACUGACUGCAGUGUGUAUUUGUAGUACACUAACUUGGUUUCUAAGUGUAAGUGAAUUAAUCAACUGAAUUUCUCAUUCUUUUCAUAUAGGCUUAACAAAUGGAGCAUUCUGUGUAAACGUGGAGAUUAGAGUUAAUCUCCCCAAUCACAUAAUUUGUUUUGUGUGAAAAAGGAAUGAACUGUUCCACACUGGUGGAAAGAUAGAGAUUAUUUUUAGACGUUUGUCUUUGUGUUUUAGGAUUCUGUCCAUUCUCUUUUAAAAUUACACACACGUGCUUGGGUGGGUGAUUUUAAAAAAUGAUUUUGCCAUUUUCAAAAGGGUAUUUAAGGAUAGAAUAGCAUGUAGCCAACACGUACUGACAUGGAAAGAUGUCAGAGCUACAUUAAGUGUAAAAGGAAGUGGCAAAACACUAUGUAUAGAAUGAGCCAGAUGAAAGUGUGUGUGUUUUGUAUUUGUAUAGAACAAAAGAUUUGAAAAGAUGAUGCAUCAAAUUGUUAAUUGUGGUUUCUCUUGAUGGGAAG